AUGGCCACCAAGCGUCACGGAGCGGCAGCGCCGGCGGCGGCGAAGCGCGGGAGGCGCGAGGCGCGCGCAGAGCUCUGCGCGGCCCUCGGGGACGCGGCGCUGCGGGAGCGCGUGGGGGCGGCCUGGGCCCGCGGGGAGCGGCUCCGGCACGAAGCGGUGGUGCUGGAGGCGGCCCCGUUCCGGCACGGUGUCAUUCCCGGUUUCCUGGCGGGCCCGGCUUUCGCGGAGGCGCUGCGGGAUGAGCUGCUGGGCCUCGGCUUCCGCGGGCGGCGCAACGACCUCCUCUCGCUGCGGCAGUCCGAGGAGCUGGGGGCAAGCCCGGAGCCCCACGUCGCUGCCCUGAGGCAUGCUCUGUGUGAAGAAUUCCAAGUGUGGCUUUCUGCUGUGACCCAGAUAGUGCUGGAGCCAACUAUUGACAUAUCCUGUGCUAAAUAUGAAUAUACUGAUGUCUUGCUGUGCCACGAUGACGAACUGGAAGGUCGGAGAAUUGCUUUCAUCCUGUACCUCGUCCCACCCUGGGAGAAAAGUGAUGGGGGAACGUUGGAUCUGUACAGCACAGACGAACACUUUCAGCCACAGCAAAUCACCAAGUCAUUAGUGCCUUCAUGGAACACACUGGUUUUCUUUGAAGUGUCUCCAGUCUCUUUCCACCAGGUGUCAGAAGUUGUGUCGCAGAAGUGCCGCCUGUCAGUGAGCGGUUGGUUCCACGGCCCGUCUGUGGCCAGACCUGCACGGCACAUUGAAGCCCCCUUGGCCAGAAGCCCACACAUCCCCUAUGAUCAUGAAAUAUUGUAUGAGUGGAUCAAUCAAGUUUAUAUGGACCUGGACUCCCAAGCUCAAAUCCAGGAGGAAUUUGAGGAGCGAUCAGAAAUUCUCCUGAAAGACUUUCUUAAGAAAGAGAAGUACCAACUACUAUGUGAAGCAUUGGAGAAUGAAGAGAUCCACUGGAGUAGUCGGGGGCCAGCCAAUAAAAGACUCUAUGAGGCAGCAGAGGAAGACAGCCUCCCUGACACCCUGAAGAAAUUCCUGCAGCUGCUGCGCUCUGAGGCCUUAUUUUUACUGCUUUCCAACUUCACUGGCCUAAAACUGCACUUCCUGGCUCCCUCUGAUGAGGAUGAAGAUGCUGAGGAGGGACAAGCAGCAGACACCAGUGGGCAAAGCAGUCCCAAACCUGAGCAGGAAGAGACUGAGCAACCAGCUAAUGGCAACCCUCAUCAGCCACACCAACCUGAGAACACCCCUGAAGCACAGGACGGCGAGACUCACAGCAGCUCAGGCACUCCUGUGUGUGCGGGGGAGCUGCGACGCUGGACCCACGGGCACUAUACUCUUGUCCACGACUCUCAAGCCACAGAAUUUGCUCUUGAUCUGCUCUUCUUCUGUGGCUGUGAAGACUGGGAUCCUGAAUAUGGUGGCUUUACUUCCUACAUUGCUAAAGGUGAAGAUGAAGAGCUGUUGACAGUGAAUCCAGAGGAAAACUGCUUGGCCUUAGUUUAUAGAGACAAAGAAACGAUGAAGUUUGUGAAAUACAUCAACCAUCGAAGCUUGGAACGCCUGAACAAACAUCCAAACAGAACAGGAUUUUGGGAUUUUUCCUUUGUCUAUUAUGAGUGAUGGUGUAAUGUGACCACUGUCACAGAGAAUGGUAGUGGGUGGUGGGCAGGUUGCUACCCAGACAUUCAGUUCUGACCUAAGCACAGACAAACUUUGCUUGUGCAACUCCAUCACACUGCAUAAUGGGGGGCAGGUGGUUUUUUUUUUCCUGCAAAAAUGGAAAUUCAGUCUUUUCCUGUAUCCAUUGUAACACACUCUCAACUGCUUUUAGUGCUCUGUAGGUGAGGUUGUCACAACAACUGUCACCUUUCCAGCUGUUUUCUCAUGGGAGCAGCACAGUGGCAUCUCUGACCCAUCAGGGUGAGAAUUACAACUGUCCAUUGCCCCAGGCUGCUGACUGACUUUAUUAAAAAAAAAAGGAACCUCGUCAGUUAAAUGUUUCA